AAAGCGAAUGAGUUUGCAUUUUUCUAAUUUUAUUUUGAAUAAUCAUGUAAAAAAGGAUAUCAGUUCUAUUUGAAGACAAUACAAAAGUAAAAAAAUAAACAAAAAUACAGAAAAAAUAAUUAAAUAUUUCUAAAAAUUAAAUUUUUCAAAAAUUAAUUAAAAAACGAAAGAAAAAGUAAAAUGUUUUCAGGAGGUUUUGGUGGAUUUAACUUCGGUUUCGGAGGUGGUCGUGAUGAUGAUGAUGAAUACGAUGAGGACGCUAGACAAUAGCAAGAAAGUGGCAAGGACGUCGAUACUUAGGAAUUAUAUAAUAUUAUGGGAGUCGACAAAAAAGCUGAUGUUAACGAAAUCAAAAAGGCUUAUAAGAAGGCUUGUUUGAAGGGUGAAUAUCGUCACCCUGAUAAGGGAGGUGAUCCUGAAAAAUUCAAAAAAUUGAAUGAAGCAUAUGAAGUUCUCUCAAAUCCUGAAAAGAGAGAUAUUUAUGAUAGAUAUGGUCUUUAAGGACUCAAAGAAGGUGGUGGCGGUUCUGGUGGCAGCCCCUUCGAUAUUUUUGAAACCUUCUUCGGUGGUGGUGGCCAAAGAUAAACUGGUCCUAAGAAAGCCAAAGCCAGAGCUGUUGAAACUGAAGUUACUUUGGAAGAUGUUUAUAAGGGUAAAAUGACUUAAGUUCCAGUCAAAAGAAAAAGAGUUUGUGAAUCAUGUGAAGGUAAAGGUGGCAAAAAUGCAAAGGUUUGCGAUCAAUGUAAGGGUCAAAAGAUUGUUAUUAAGUUGGUUAAAUAAGGACCUAACUGCUACUCUCAAAGCCAAUAAAUUUGUGAUAAGUGUUAAGGUUAAGGUGAUCUCAUGAAAGAAGCUGACCGUUGCAAGGUUUGUAAUGGUAAGAAAAUUGUCGACAACGAAAAGAUUAUCGAAGUUCCCCUUGAACCUGGUGUUCCUCAUGAAUACAGCUACAAGUUUACUGGUGAAGCCGAUGAAGCUCCUAACAUCAUGGCUGGUGAUCUUUAUGUUAAAAUUAUGAUUAAAGACCAUCCUGUCUAUAAAAGAAAGGGUGCUGAUCUUUAUAUCGAAAAGUAAAUUACCCUUUUAGAAGCUCUCAGUGGUGUUAACUUCGAAAUUAAGCAUCUCGAUGGCUCUACUUUGAAGAUUGCCACUGCUCCUGGUCAAUAUAUAGAAAAUGAUAGUAUUCACACUAUCCAAGGAAAAGGUAUGCCCUUCUUUAAGGAUGCCUUCUCUCAUGGUAACCUCUUCGUUAAAUUCAAAGUUCAAUUCCCUAAAAGCAGAGCUUUAAAACCUGAACAAAUCGAAAAAAUUAAAAAGGAACUUGGUGCUGGAGUUUAAAGCCACGUUUUAGAUAAAAGUUAGAAGUUUGAAUAUUUAGAUAGCUUCAGCGAAGCCGAUCUUAAUCCUAAUCCCAAGGGAGGAAGAUCUAAUAGCAGAGAUGAUGAUAGAGAAGGCAUGCCAGGAGGUGCUCAAAGAGUCUAAUGCGCCCAAUAAUGA